AUGCCAGCCGUCAUGGAGAAGGCUCAGAACUUUCGCAUUGAUGCGCUUCUGGCGCACGACACUGGACCCAGCAGGGGUGAGAGUGGAGGUCUGUCACCGGGGGGUCUCAGCAGGAGCCCGGGGGGGAGUCCGGUGUCACCCUUGAGCUCGGAGACACCUUCUCCUCACCCAAACACAACAAACUCCCCUCCAGUCCACCCCAGAGUUCUGACCAGUCCUAAACUCGUUCAUCUGUCCCGGUCCGGGUUCGCUGCUCUGCGUCAGGACGGUCUCCUUGGAGUACAGCCGGGCUCCGUGUAUCCUCUGGCGGCCCUCGGAGGCCAGCACAGCUCCUUCAUAUACCCCGGCUUCUCACAGCUGCUCCAUUCGUACCCAGAACAGCUGAGGGCGGCUGCCAUGGUCACAGGACACCCGCUGGAACCCUGGAUCAGAGCCGGGAUGAUGAUUCCUGGAGUGGGUGAAUAUGGAGGUAAGAGGCUCUCUGACUUCAGUAAAGGACCCUAAGAUCAUCAGAGGGACAGAGCUGUCGUUUGAGUUUCAUUUUUUUAGUUGAAUAUAGAAGAGUCAGUCUGUAAAGUUAGUCUAUAUAAUAAUCAUCAUACAUUUUAUUUAUAAGCACCUUUACAGACACUUUACAGAGUAAAAACAACAGGAUAAAAAAAUAAAGCUUAUACAGGCUAUUACCUCUAAACCUCAAUAAAAGUUUCUUUAUAACUAACUGUAAAUAUAAAUGAGUUCAGUACAUAAAUCUGAGCAGUGUCUGAGAAUAUCAGUUUUAUUUUUACAGACUUGUUAGAAACCAUCAGUGUUUUUCUGUUAAAUUAUAACAUGAAUUUAAAUAGUUUGUAUUUUUACAGAAACUGUUAAAUAUUAUUAAAACAGGAAGAUCUGCUCACUCAAAGGUUCUCCUUUAGUUUAACACUCAGCAGAGACUGGAGCCUCGUACCUGUAGAUGUGAGUUUGUUGACCACCCUUCAGAAGAUCCAUAACUCUGUGAUGCUCUUUAAUGUCUGAACAUUUAUCUUCUAUAUUAUGAAUGACUUUAACGGUGAAGGUAACUCCAGGAAUAGACCCUCUUCUUAAUCAAAUGAUCAGAUCCACCAUGUUUCAUCAGGUUAAUGGUCUGUCUGUGAUAGUUUAUUACAUCUUCUCCUCCAUCUUACCCAAACAUCAGAUAAACCAGCAGGACAGUUUUACAGACAGGUCCGAGUCCAAACAAUGAAGUGUAAGCAGAUGAGAAGAUUGAUGAUGAAUGUGUUGAUGAUUGGUUUUAAUGAAAUGAUGUUCAGACUCGUGUGAUAACUUCCUCCUCUCUCUGUUGUCCUCUCUCAGGUCCGGCUCAGGCUGGUUUGUUAGGGAAGUGUCGGAGGCCCAGGACCGCCUUCACCAGCCAGCAGCUUCUAGAAUUAGAGAACCACUUCAAACUCAACAAGUACCUGUCCAGGCCGAAACGCUUCGAGGUGGCCACCUCUCUCAUGCUGACUGAGACUCAGGUACGAGUCAGGAGUUGGAGGGUUUUUAUGUUUCCCUGAUCCUUAAAGUACAUCUAUCUAUCUAUCUAUCUAUCUAUCUAUCCUUCUCAUCGUCUCAGUAAGAUCACUUCAUCCUGCAGGGACAUGUUCAAAUGUCAGCUGAUGUGUUUACAACAGAAAGAUGAUUUAACAUAUAAAUGCUGCUGACUGGACAUCCCUGAGUUUUGGCUGCAUUGAACUACCAAUACACCUCUGACCUCUGACCCUUUAUUGACCUCUAUCAUCUAAAAAAAGUACAUUACUUUACUCUCCAUUUUAUUUAUUUCAGUUCUGUCGGAGACUUUCUCUCUGUCUUCCUUUCAGUUAAUUUUCUUCUAACUACCAAAGACACGCCUGUACUUGAUGUGGCGAGGAAUCCUGUUAAUUGUGUGUUGAGUGCAGUAGCCUCUGUAUAUAAGCUGCCAGCUGAGCUGAACUGGUGACCCCUGCUUUUAUUCAAAGCAAUAAGACUACAGCUCACCCACCCAGGGACAGAUGUACGGUGUUCCUCUGUUUUUUACAUUUUCCAACCAGCCACUAAACCUUGUAAACCUGAAUAUGAACUGAUCCCACACCAAACUCCAGCAGUUUAAGUUGUGUUGCUUUUUUAACAGGUUAAGAUUUGGUUCCAGAACAGACGAAUGAAGUGGAAGAGAAGUCGUAAGGCCAAGGAACAAGCGUCUCUGACCGCCUCAGUGACAGAUGCAGAAAGAAACGGGCUGGGAGAACUGAAGCCUCAGAGCGAUUCACAGAGCUCCAGCUUGGAUGAUGAAGAGGAGAUGGAUGGGGAGAAUGAAGAUGAGAAAAAUGAAAUAGAAGUGUUAGAGGGAGAUUCUUUUAGCUCUGUGCUCUUCAUGAGACAGACUGGAGGAGCAGGAAACUACAGCUCUUAUUCAGAAGAGGAGCUGGGUGAGAGAGGCCAAGGAACAAGAAGUGCAGCUUUCCAAUAGUUCUAAUGCUCAGCAUGUUUGUGUUGUAUGUCCUGAUCUGUUCAGUCCUCUUGUAAAGAAAAUAACAGAUCACAAACAUUGUGUCAUGAGGAGAUGGAUUGUGUUUCCACAGCCUGACCUGCAACGCCGAACAAACAUCAGCGUCUCACAUCAGCUAAACAAGACAACAUCAAACCAGAAGAGUCAUGACUUCAAGAUGAAGAGAGGACCUGAAUAUGUAGAAGAUCUGCUGUAGAGCAUCGAGGUUGACAGCACUUCCACAAAAACAUACAGUGGCUGUAAAAUCCCUGAGUGUUGCUUUACUAUCAGUUCACCACUGCCUGCUGCAGUUCCUCUACAGGUGUCCCACUGUCUAAAAACAAAUCCUUAUUUUCUACAUGACUGUUUAUUUCAUCCACUGGGACCCUGUGAUUUUACUGUAGCUAUCAUGUGGUUCCCAUGUUGUAAAGGCAUACUUAAGAUUGUAUGUUAUUUUAUUGCAGUGAUCUAAAGACCCCUCCUCAUAUAGCUACAUAAACUCUAUUGUUUUUACAUUUACUGUUGACUCUACAUUAUCUUGUGACCUGUCGUGUUGUCAGUAUAAUUUAAUUUCAUAGAAUUUAAUAUAUAAUUUUGUGUGUAGAAAAGUUUGAAAAUAAAAACUGAGUUCAAGUGUUUUGUAUUAACAGUGACUUUAAGGCGGUAAAAACGCAGUGUUGAAACCAGAUCACGGGAGGAUUAUAUUUCACAGAUGGGAUUAAAAAAUACAUAUUUUUUAUGUUUAAUGGGGCAAAAAAUCGGGCAGAGAUUCAGAGAGUUAUCAUUAAUAUGGUUGGACAUUCAUACUUACCUUAGAGCACUGGAGGACCUAUCCAAGAUGGCGGACGCGCUGAUACGAGAGCUCCAAAGGCUUUGAGGCGUCUACGUAAAACUCGGGCGGUUUACUUCGACCUUUUUGUCCUGUUUCGGCUGUCGUUGUUGUGUACUUGUUGUCAUGGUAACGCCACGCUAACCAACUUCUCACGCAUCUUCUAACUGCAGUUCUCAGUAUUUUUAAUUACCGGAAUUAUAAAAGUAUCAGCGGUUAACGAUCUUAGAGGUCGACGUUUUGGAGAAGGUAAGGAGCGGGUUCAGUUUUUAACCGAGUCUGACAUGAUAGUUGGGGUCCUUAGGGGUCAUUUUUCUGUCAGUGUCAGCUGUAGACUGAAACAGUCAAACAGUCCGUCUGUCAGCGUGUGUUUCAGUCAGCUCCUACAGUUAAUAAUAAUCAUUUUAAAUAAUAAUAGUAAUAAUAAUAUUUUUUUUUAAUAAUAAUAAUAAUAAUAACUUUAUUUUCACUUUUAAAAACAGAUGUUUACAAAGUGCUUUGACCUGUAGUCGUAGAGCGCAUGGAAAAAGACAAAAACAAAAAGAUCAGUAAAAACAGAAUUAAAGAAUUAGGUUUUCACUUGACGUCACUUCCGUGUUACGCGGCACGCGCGCAAUACAGAUGGCGAGCAGGAAGUGAGUCGCUGCUGUAGAGACCAGCAACAGGCCGAAGUUCUGCUCCGUUUACGGCUGAUGGACUCGAUCGAACAGGGGAAAAAACAAGAGGUUUUAUCGUGUUUCCAAAGUAGUGUUACACAAAGAGAGAAAGAUGUCAGAAACUGACUGAAAAACUCCGAAAAAAACGUCUUUUUAAUCUCCGCCUGCGGCAGUGGUUCUGAAGUCCAGUCCUGGAGACCCGAGCCCUGCAUGUUUUGGAUGUUUCCCUGAUUCAGAUGAUCAGCUCGUUAUUAUUAAGACAUUUCAGAGCUCGAUACCGAGCUGAUCAUUUGAUCAGCAGCGAAGAGGGAAGAGCCCAGCGCCGAACCCCGUGGACGGUGUGAGGCCGGUAGCGGCCCCUGUCGUUCCGGGAUCCGGUCUUCUCGGAGUCGGGUUGUUUGGGAGUGCAGCCCAAAGCGGGUGGAAAACUCCAUCUGAGGCUAAAUACCGGCACGCAGCUAAACCGGAGCAUCUCCUCCGUUGCAGUCAGUCGCUUCCCGCCCUCCAUUUGGUCCUCGCGCGAAGUCAGGAUCACGUGACUGAAAACCUCCAAGAACCAAGCAACAUAAAAUGAGACCAUGAGGACCAAAAAUACAAACAUAAAAGAGUGAAGAAAAAAGGAAAAUGUAAUUAUAAGGGAGGACGAAACAGGAGAGUAAAUAUAGAAGAAAAUAUCAACAAUGAUAAUAAAAUAAUAACCGGAAACACUGAUUAUAAAAGUAAAACAGAGGAGAGAUAAAACAAUAAAAGGCCUUAAAGGUUAAUUAAGAAAAGAGUAGGAGUUUAACAAAAGCUAAAAAGACAAUAAACAAGAGAAAAGAGAUGACAGAUAAAGAUAAAAGACAUAAAAUCAAGUCUGUAAAAGAGAGUUUUUAACUUUGACUUAAAGAAGCGUCUGUCUCUGCUGUUCACCUUCUCUCCUCUGAAGGUCGUUCCAAAGUCGAGGAGCUCUGAUGGACAAAGAUCGAUCACCUUUAGUUUAGAGACUUUGGAACGACCAGAAGGACUUCACCAGAGGAUCUGAGGCUGAGAGUUUUACUCAUAUGGGAGUAAAAGCUCUGAAAUGGAGCUCAGAGCGAGUCCUUUGAGUGUUUUAAAAGUAAUCAAUAAAAGUUAGGUCAAAAGUGAGACUGUAAUUCUGAUGGGUCAGCUGGUAAAAUGUCGACCCCAAACCGUGGUCCCCUGAUUUUCUCCUCUCUUCUGAUCCUGUAAAUGUCUGACUGCUCUCUCUGUUCACAGUGAUGUCAGCUGAGACUCGGGGUCCACGGGCGCUGCACUCAGGAGCUCCGUGGGAGACCUCCACCGCUGGAAAAGAUGUUACAGUAAUUGAUAGCGAACAGAAAUUUAACAACCUCUGAGUAUUGAUCAUCUUAUCCAUCAGUGUGAUCAGAAGUCACAGCAGUCCGUCGUGUUUCAGUCGUGUCAGCAGUGUUGGGGGGCAGAUCUCCCUCAGCUUUAUGUCUGUCUGCUGUUCUUCAAGAACUUUAAUAACUCAUGUGUGACUUUGAGCAUUAAAUUAACACUUCAAGUCUCCCAGUAUAUCACCUGGUGUUGAACAUGUUGUCUCUGUAGUUCUGUCACUUGUUUCUGUUUUUAAAACCUGGUUUUUCUGCUCUCUCCAAACAUCCACAACUAUGCCACUGGCAGUGGAGUGAAAACCACCGUCUGAAAACCUCCAGCCAAAAAUGCUGCUUCUUGGGUUUUGAGACAAAGUCAGAACUGGUCUGGAGGGACUGGGACCUGCAGAAACAGCUGACCAAGACCUUAGUGCUGAAGAAUACGAACAAGAAGCUUCAGAAACUACAUGUCAGGUCUUACAAACAGACAUGGAUGUACGUCUGUACAUAAAUGUGAAGUGAAUGAGCACUCUCACAGUUCUCUUGUUUUGACCUCUUCACAGGCCUCCUGUUUCUAAGUUUUUCACCACCUUUAUACCUCAGACCAUCUUUCUCAGCCCAGGGACGUCCUUCUCCGUGCCCAUCACCUUCAGACCGCUCCAGAGGGUAAAGACUUUGAUAGAUAUACAUCUUUUACAGCUGAGGAUGGCUCCACCAAGCCUUUAAAUGUGGUCUGGUGGACAUAAUGAGACAGCCGUCAGUUUUAGAGAAAUGUCACAUGACCCGUGUUUUCCUCUUUAUCAUCGAUCUGAUCGGGACAGUGCGAGUAUGAGGACAGCAUUGAGUUUCAGUGUAAAGAUGGAACCUUCCAAGUACGCCUCCGUGCCACCGUCCCCUGUCCUGGGCUGGAGGUCCCAGACUCAGUCCUGCUACCCCUGUGUGCUGUUGACCACUCCUCACAGACCACCUUCACACUCAGUAACGUGAGGUAAGGGUGUGUGUGUGUGUGUCUGUGUGUGUUGUAGCUGGAAAAUAACUGAAACUUUUGCUGAUUUUUUUCUCUCUUUCCAUGUUUUGCAUCAUUAUUCAUAUGCAGUAAAGUACAGACGUGUUUCCAGUGGGAGUGCACGUCACCGUUUCACAUGAGCCCUGAGCGAGGUUUGUUGAAACCAGGCCAGGACCAUCAGAUCACUGUGGUAUUCCAACCAAAGGAGGCGCUGGUGUAUCAGCAGCAGGCCUACUGCAGGUUUGAUGAAGAGGAGGAGGACCGGGCUCAGAACGUCUGCUCUGUGCUCCUGCAGGGACUCGGUACUGAUGCCGGCUGGUUCAGCAGAUAUACAGUAGUUUACAGUAUAGAGGGACCAGUUUGACUGAUUCACACCAGUAUGGUCAUUUUCACUGUGUUUGUAAAUUGACAUUUGAUCCUUUUUGUUUUAUCCCCCUCCGCUCCGGUCAAUAACAACUGAAUCUUUUCCAGCUGUUUGUUCCUUAUUUUCAUAGUUUUCUUUGUUUCAUCACAGAUUUAUUUGUGCCCCUUGUAUUAUGAAUAUGUAGAUGCUGUAAUAUUUUACUCUCACUUGUCUUGUCUUUGCUGUCUUGGUCAGCUAAGUACCCGUGUCUCCAGCUGAGAACUUCCAGGACCACGGCUGAGAAGCAGCUGCUGAGUCCAGAGCUGCACUUUGGCUCUGUGCCGAUUGGCCAGAGUCUGCAGAAAUGCUUUGACAUUGUCAACCCCUCCCCUGUGAGUAAGGAGAUACAAAUGCAAAAGUACAUCCUCGAUGACCAUCUCUCAUAUCACUAUUCUCUCCCAUUCUACAGGUGUGUGCGUCAUUUUCAGUGUCCCCUCUGUCUGACCGUGAGCCUUUGUUGGAGUCUGUAUUCAGCAGUGAUAGGAGCAGGGGUGAGGUAGCACCUGGUGGCUCACUUCAGGUUACACUCACCUAUACUCCAGCUGUGGUGGAUACAACCUCUGUUGAGUAUUUAUCCCUCAAAUGUAGAGGAGCGCUCAGUGAAACUCUGCUCAAAGUCACCGGACGCUGCAUCGGUGAGGGCCACACAGAAACAACCACAAUCUAAGAAGACUUUAAACUCCACUGUUGAAUUUCCCUCCAGGGAUCAGAUCAAGUUAUUCUUAUUCUGUGUUCAGAUCAAGAUCGAACACGUACAUAUAAUAAAAUAAUAACUUGUUGGUCAACAGGCCCCAGAGUGUCUCUGUCCUCCUCUGUUGUGGACUUUGGCUGCGUUGACGAAGGAGGAUCAGUCGUACAGACGGUGGAGCUGGUCAAUUCUUCCCCUGUUGAGGCUGUUUAUCAGUGGGACCUGGACUGCAGUGGGCACAGUGUGUUCAGCAUCCAGCCAGCAGGUGGCACCGUACAGCCACAGAGCCGUGUCACACUGAAGGCUGUUUAUCAGCCUACACAGCCUAUCGCCCAUCACAGGACAGUUCCAUGUCUCAUCCUGCACAGAGUAGGUGAUAAACGCAGACGCACACCUGCCCAAAGAAAAAACAUCAUGGAGGCUGUUCAUCCUCUCUGUCCUCCUCACUUCUCCCACAGGAACCCGUGUUCCUGGACCUGAUCGGAACCUGUCACUCUGAGCUCCAGAAACCCGUCGUGCUGAAACCUGAACACUUGGUUCUCUAUAAGCUCAAGUGGGGCUGCAAACAGGACCCACCAGCAGCUCACAGCUCCGCGCAGAGAGACCAGCAGAUACACCUGGACCAACAAGGAGAGCCGAGCCCCCCGCAGGAGGUGAAGUGCACGUUUAAGAUGAGAGAUAAACCAAACGUUCACUUACUAACUACCAACAAUGAGCAAACAUUCGGCCUCUUCUUCUCUCUGACAUGUUUUUAUCAUUAUUAUUAUCUCAACACUGGCAGCUGCAGCAGGACCCAAACACUGAGGGUGUUUUAUCAAGAACUUCCACGGAAGAAUAUUUCCACAGGUGUUGGGGUGAUCCCCUCCCUCUCAGCUCAUCUUCUCCUCAUGUAUCUGUGGAGCCCAGUGAGCUCCUGUUUAAUCACAGAUCCUCUCUCACUGCUUCAUGGACCUCCUCUCAGUCCGUGUCGAUAACCAACCACACCAGUGGAAACCUCAGGUCUGUCUGUUCAUCUUUAUAUAGUUUCAUUUCUCCAAUCUAAAGCACAUGUUUAUAGAUACUGUUGUUGUUUUAUUGUCAUCCUGGGAUUCAGCCUGGUCUGGACCCUGGCCCAGGACUCUCAAUUCUCAGUCUCACCCUCAUCAUGUGACCUGGCUCCGCUUAAGACCACCUCAUUCAGGGUGAACUAUGAACCCACGCAGAUCAACUCGCUUCAUGGAGCACAGCUGGAGUGUUUUGCAUAUUUGAAGGUAAAGUUGAUGGAUAAAGAUCAACAUUUUAAUUAAUACAGGACGUUAAAAUCAACCUUUGUGGACUGUGACGUGUUUUCAUUCAACACUCUAUCAUCUGACUGUUCUUCAUUCAGCAGGAUAAUCCCCUCUUGGGGGGUCAGCUGCUGUGUCCACCCUGGUCAGUGACCGUCAGAGUCGUCGGCCACUCCUUUCAGACAGGAAAAGAGCGUUUUGUCCCACGCUGUUCCCUGAAGCCCUCUCAGGUGGUACGAUACAAACACAGACAUGAACUUCAGAGUUUCAGUGAAUCUUCAUGUUCUUCAGCUGUUUCCUGAGAUUUGUCUUCUUUAUGAAGCUCCACCGUGCACCAACUAUGGGGGGGCGGAGGUCAAAGGCCGUGUUCAAAAUCAGCUUUCUUUAUAUUACACAUUUUAUGAAAAUUCACCUGAACAGUCACCUGAACAUCAUCAGCAGAACAGUGAACAGGAACCCCAUACUUCCUAAAAAUCGACCCCGAGGACGGCAUAUAGAGGGAGAACAGUGGGGGGUCCAUGAACGAACUUUGACCCUGUUAAACGGUCAGAGAGGAUUCUCUGGUAACUUCAGUCUUCUGGUCCUUCCAGGUCUUCCCAGCCCACAGUCUUCUGUCCUACCACACAGUUCUUCUCCAGAACUGUGGAGAGCUUCCUCUCACCUUCUGUUUGGACCGGACCUCAGGUCCUGCUUUGGUAGACUCUGUGUCGGUUGUACCCAGCUGUGGAUUGAUCCAGCCAUGGAAUCACCAGAUCCUUACCGUCAGAGCGACUCCCACAGGAGACAGUCCUCAACAGGAAACCAGAUUACACCUCCAGCUGAACGCAUCAGAACACACGAAGGUUGGAGACGCGCCGCACAGGCAGACAGGAAGCAGCGGUAAUCUCUUCACACUUAUUCAGUUCUCUCUAAAUCUGGGUCCUGCAGGAUCUGGUCGUUGUCCGUGUGGUGGAGAAGAUCUGUUUGUCUCAGGAAGGAGAUGGAAGUUUACAUUUCCAGCCCACAGCUGUGGGCUCACAAACUCAGCGCUCCCACUCCAUCUGGAACCUCAGCCGCCUGCCGUUAUGGUUGGUUCCUGUCCUGCUGGAUUUCCUUCAGUCCUCAGGUCCAGUUUUGUGGUCUGGAUUCCUGCCAGAAUCCUUCAUCAUCUGUUACUCUCGUCUGUUGUGAUAGUUUCAGAUGGAGCGUUCCAGAACCAGAACAGGAGCUGAUCUGUGUGGAACCAGACGCUGGAGAACUGCAGCCAAACGAGCGAUCAGUAAGAGACUGACAACGAUCACACAUAAAUCACUGCGAAUAAAGACUGACUGACAGAGAGACUCUGUGAUGUUACAGGUUCAGACCUGGUCCUUCAGACCCCUGGAGGAAAGAUCUCACACCCUCAAACCCACUCUCAUAUUCUGGCCAAAGCAGACACCUGAAUCAAGAUCUCAGCUGACCCUCCGAGCAGCUGGAGCGGGCGCCAAAGGCUUCAUCAAGGUCCGACUGUCUGACACACACACAUACAGGGAACACACACACACACACACACACACACACACACACACACACACUCUCCCUCUCUCUCUCUCUCUCUUCCUCUCUCUCUCUCUCUCUCUCUCUCUCUCUCUCUCUCUCUCUCUCUCUCUCUCUCUCUCUCUCUCUCUCUCUCUCUCUCUCUCUCUCUCUCUCUCUCUCUCUCUCUCUCUCUCUCUCUCUCUCUCUCUCUCUCUCUCUCUCUCUCUCUCUCUCUCGCCCAGUAUGCGCUGAACUCUGCCUGUACGCUCGCUCAACAUGACACAGCAUUACACUGUGCCACAAAGUUGACCAAUCAGGAGUCGGGCACGACAAAUUCUGAUUGGCUGAUUGAAUCCAAUGGCAUUUACUGCAGUACAUCACCCUGGGACUCACCCGGCGUUGUGGUGUACUGCUGCUGUCUUCAUCAUUGCGUUCAGUCAUGUCUGUGGUUGUGUCGUUCUGGUAGAUAGUAGCAUCACAGAUACAUGUAGAAGACCAGAUAUGACCAUAUGUGUAUAAUCGUGUUGAUGUUUGUCUCUUUUCCAGGCGGAGAAGGAAGUUCUCGACGUCGGGGAGAUUCUCAUUGGAAGCUGUCGGUCUGUUGAGGUUCCUCUGGUGAACAUCAGCCCAUGUCCAGUCUCAUUUCAUCUCUGUGUAGAGCAGACCCUUCUAGAUGAAGACUCUACUCACGGCCUUCACAAAGUACCCAGAGGUAGUCUCUUGAACGGUCUUAUUUUGGUUUUGAAUGGAAGUGUAUCAGCUGAUAGGGUGGAGGAUUCAGAGCAGGUCAGGUCUGUAGACUGAGUCCUCCUGUAAAUGACCUUUCUCCUACACUAAGUCUGCCCUCUGUUGGUCUCAUAGACCUGAAGCUGGAUCGUGAGAGGGGGACGAUUGCCUCACACUCUACGAUGCCCAUAAGACUCACUGUGAGACCACAUGGACCGGUCCAGUACCAGUGGAUCAUCAGCUACCAGACACUGAAUGCUCGUGGUAGAUGAUGAAGGACACUCAUGCACAGAUCUAAACUCUGUGUACGCUGACUCUCAGACUGCUCACCUCUUUUAUUCUGUCUUUGUCUCCAGGACAUGUGUUGUCCCCUCCCACAGCAGUGUGCAGAGUUACUGCUCAGGGUGUGUUUCCCACUCUGAAGGUCACUGACGUCUGCGGUCGUGGCAGUGCAGAACGGCUCAGCAGGGUGCAUCUGUGGAAACUCUUCUCACUGGACAGGUUCAAUGAGUACCUGACCUCCAGUCCUGUUGGACUCAGGUACCGGACCCCCAAGAGGCUCAGGUGAGUCUGCAGACUGAACUGAUACGAUAAGAGAGAAGGAUGUGAUGGAAUCUAAAUGUUCUUCACAUGUUAAUUAAAGUGUGUCUGUCUGACCUGAUCUGCUCCUCCUGUCUUCAGCGCUCGCUCCUCUCCUCCCAUCGUCACCAUGAAGAUGUUGGACUUUAACUUCAGUGCUGCUCCUCUACAUUCAGACCCCUCAACCUUUAUGUUGAUGUUUCAUAACCCAGGCCCCCUCCCUGUGGACUGGUGAGGAUGUGGUUUACAGGGCCAGGCUUUAGUCUUUAUGUUUUAUCCAGAGGUGCUGUGGUCUGAGAGGAUUUUACCAAAAUACAGUCCACCCUCAUGAGCAGAAAAAUGAACAUGAGUCUUUUACAGGCAGUUUACUGAUUCCAGCUCCUCUUCUCUGUUAGGUCGUUCUUGUUUCCUGAGGACCAGCAGAUGGAGCUGGACUACUGGGCAGAGACGGGAGAGUUCAGCAGCACUGAGCUGUACCAGAUGAAGGUCUGCUGUAGUUUAUUUUAAUCACAUGAAUGCAGGAGUUUGGAAAAACUACAUCUUUAAAACAGACGUAUAUUUAGGAAGACUACAGUCUGGAUUGUUUGAAUGAAAGACGUGUUCACCAGGCUCAAAUAUCUGCCCCUCAUUCAGGUUCAAGACAAUCAGCAGUUCAACAUUUUCCCUCGUUCUGGCACUUUGUUCCCCGACCAACAGAGGGCAGUAUACUUCAGCUACAGGUGAGAUUACUGCAGACCGGAGCACACAACUACCCACUCAUUUAUACUAAGUUACUCAUGUUGGUAGAGGAGACAGCGGCAGGAAAUCAUUAGUGAUUAGAUUCUGGUUUAAUUAUUGACUCUCUGUUCAUUUCUGAAAAUAUGAUUGAACUGUGUUUUUCCCAGUUUGGGAUCAAUAAAGUCGAUCUAUCUAUCUGUCUUUGAUAGGAGACCGCAGCUGUUUUUGGCUUCAGUUUGACACAUGAUACUGACAUGAUCUUGAAUUUGUCCUUCACAGUCAUGACUUUGCAGGAACUGAUCGGUUUCCUGUUGUGUU